CGGUUAAAGGGUUUUGAGCUUCGGCCAAUUCAUUCCUAAUUUUGGGCGAAUUGGACUUUGAAAAUUGUUCAGGGCCAACUUGACCCUCUGCCCUAUCAUUAAUAGGUUUUAUGGGGAUAAAGGGCUUGGCCCAAAACUAAGGGGCAUCUAAAUGGGCUGAAUGGUUGUUGCUACUAUGAUACGCUUUCAACUUGAAAGGGCGAUAGCUUCCGGACUUGAUUUUCUUCUCUGCAUCUUCUUCUUCUCGCAGUUGUCAAAAUCGGUGCUUUUGUUAACUGAGAGCUCAGUGUCCUCCAAAAUGCUAGCUCGUCUCGCUGCCACUCGUCUCCGUGAGAUCCGUCAAGUUUUCGGUCAAUCCUCUCAGCAGAUAUCUCGAUCUUUCUCCACUGCCCUAAACUACGGGAGUUACCGUGGUUACGCUUACACAUUAUUUAUACGUAUAUGAAUGUUCUUUUAAAUAUCUGAUUCAUAUUGCGGAAUUGGUGACUUUUUCAGCAUAUUGAUUUACAAUUUAAUUAGAUUUUUUUUGUUUAAUUAUAAAAUUGGUGCUGUAGUAAUGGGAUUUCGGCUCAUCUCAAAUUAAUUAGCACUAACAUUUCACAAUAGAGAAGAAGGAGUACGGUCAGUCCAGAAGGAACACUGGCCGCUCCUCUUUCCUUAUUCAAUACACGUGUUGACCCGGCCCAGACAAGUUAAAACGGGUCUAAAGAUAUUUGGCGCAAAAACCCAAAAACCCUAUGCAAUUUACUCAUAGUACUCGAAGCACAGAACAAUGGCGUUCGAGCGAACACUCGUAUCCUACACUAACAUAUUACCCAAACUUCUCACCAGCGCGCAACCGCGACUCCCGGCUUUGUCUCUAGCCAAAUUAUCCUUGCACCAUACUAUACGACAGCGUCUUAAUGGCACUUUAAAAUGCUCGUUUGAUUACAAUCAAGCGGCACAGUAUGCUAAACCAACUGAAAUUCCAUGGAAAAAGGACCUCUGUAACUCCGUUAAUCUCAUUGGAAAUGUUGGGGCUCCCGUUGAGAUCAAACACCUACCGUCCGGCAAGGUUGUUGCUUGGACACGACUUGCCGUUAAGAGAUCUGCUGCCGAGACCACCUGGAUCAAUUUGACAUUCUGGGAUGAUCUGGCACAAAUUGCUUUUCAGCAUGUAGAGAAAGGCCACCAAAUAUAUGUUGCCGGUCGACUGGUUUCAGAUGUAGUUGAAAAUGAAGAAGGAAAGCAGCAGACAUACUACAAGGUAGUUGUCCAGCAACUGAAUUUUAUUGAAAGGAGCUCUUAUUCAGCACCUUCAAGUUAUCGUGACUCUGAUGGCAUGAUACCAAUACCAGGUAGAAAGUUUGGUAAUAAUGCUGCAAGUGGCUUGAAUGCCACAGAACUAUGGCAAGCCUUUUUUGCUAAUCCUUUGGACUGGUGGGACAACAGGAAGAACAAGAGGAACCCAAAAUAUCCGGACUUCAAGCAUAAAGAUACUGGAGAAGCUUUAUGGGUCGAAGGCAGGUAUAAUCCACCCUGGGUUAAGUCCCAGUUAGCAGUACUAGAUGAAAGAAUGGGAUCCCUCCGCGAUCAGGAUGAUAGGAUGCAUAUGAAGACUGUCUUUCGCUAAGAUAUACACAAAGAUCAAUAUUGCUGCCAAAACUUAUAAUAAAGUAUUCAGCCUCUUGAAGAAAUGAAGGUUUGAGCGUGAGCUUUUAGAGCCUAAUAUUUUGUUUCGGCCGAGUCUAACCGCCGCUUGACCCAUUUGGGCUGGGGACCGGCCUGCUUGAGAUCCAAAAAUUGUAUAGAUGGGGUUUUGGUUUGGCGUGGUCAUGUAUGAGUUCCUUUUUCGAUGGUAAUGAGCUGCUUUCAUAUUUGCUUGUCCCGAUCAUUAAAUCUAUAAAAUAAUUGAAAUAAUAGCACUUUCAAUAUACUUUUUAUAUAUAUUAAAUUUUUUA